AUGAAUCGAUUAAAUAUCAAAGAUGCUACCAAGGAGCAGCUGAUAGAUAUCGUGAAGCAGUUGCGGCAGGAUAUUCAACGUUUGCAAAGGCCUGUACAAUCGACAGAUGGAGCGGUAAGGAAUCUAGAGGAGCAAAUUUCCCAGCUUCAAGGUACACUACGGGAUGCAAACUACGAAAUCAGAGCGUUGCGUGAACACAACACUAUUUUAACUGAGAAAUCUGCAAGCGAUGAAGAGACAAUUAGUAUGCUCAUAAAACGCUUUGAGGAAGUGGGAAAGGAUACCAAGGACCCCAAGCAUCAUAUGGACGUCGGUUCUGUCAAUGGCCCAAGUUCUCCCACAGGGACUCAGGAUGUCGGCAAAAGAACAAGUAGCAACCCUUUAGGUAACCAACAUCAACUAAACGAAGGAUCAAAUCCCAAUGAGCACGAUAAUUCCGCCGUUACUCUUGUACCAAUUGCUACAUUGGCUAAAAAAAACGAAGAAAUAGCAAAACUUGAACAAAAAGUUUCUGAGUUGAUGGAGGUAAAUGCGUUCUAUUCGAGCAUUGUGUCACAGCAGGAUGAGGAGGAAAGGAUUCGUCAUGCAGGCGCAACUAGCAAGGCGGCUGUGGAAGAGGAAUUUAUUGACAUUCCAGCCUUGAGGUCCCACGUCAGCACACUCAGGGAUCAGAAGAGUACCCUACAAAGACUAGUCAAACAAACAGAAGAUGAAAGGAGGCUGUGCAUUCAUGAAAAUCUGAAGCUUCGUGAGAAAUGCAAUUAUUUAGAAGCCGAGCUCUUAGAGCUUGGGCGUUCACAACGGGCCCUUCAACUUGUUAACAACUUUUCCCAAAGUUCAUUAUUAGAUGCCGCUGCGGCGGGUCCUCAGGUUCGCGCGCAUGACAACCAAGGGCAAAGCAUCAGAGGGUCGCUUCUUCGAAUCCCAGCUCAGUCCGUGGUAUUAUCGCAAGAGUACAUGAAGGGUGAGAGUAUGCACCCAGACGAAUCCAAUACUGGUACUCUUGCUGCACCUCCUCUGAGAGGACGCCAUCAACCUCAAGAUCCUUCUCAUCCUAGCCUAGAUAUUCACUCACUACGUCGAAUAAAUAUCCGAAAUCCCAAUCCACAAGAACGGAUGCUACUAGAGCGCCUAGAAUUAUACGAGAAUCACAUCGAGCAAAUGGAGGCUUCCGAGGCCGACCGCCAAUACGCAUUCAACGAGAUGGAGCGCAGUAGGGCGGAACUGUUUACCUAUAUGAAUGAGCAGUUAGUAGGGCAAAGGUCUGAGAUUCAGAGCCUGCAAGAGGACAAUUUCAAGCUCAAGGAAGCCCUAAGUUGUACUCAAGGAGUGCCUCAAAAGGCUGAUCUUACGGAAGCGAAUACCAGCGGUGUAUCCGCAUCUAGGGAAUUAUGUGAUGCAGAAACGGAAACCGAUGGGUCACCGUUUCUUGCCUGUGAUGAACAAGAACAUGAUAUUGGCUGUGUAAAGAUUGCAGCAAAACUUUUAGGCAACAAAGACGGCUCAGAAACUUAUGAUGAAAUUCACGAUGAUAUGUUUGAGGAUUUAAUGCAUCUUGAAGAGAAGGGACGUACAGAAAUUUUAUCUGAGUGCGCGAACACGCUAUUAGAUGACCUGGUAGCGUGGUAUCAAACAUGGGCACCUUUUUGCCUGUACGCAUCCAACUGUGUGCCUCAGGAUAAAAUGGUGACAAUGGAGGAAAGCCUUUUCGCACCGCCACAGGGAAUUAUGUUUAUGGAAGAAAGAGUUAGGUCCACUAACUCCAGUGUUGCAAUUGAUUGUACACAAGAGAGGUUAUCUGAGUCGGCUGGGGAUGCAUCCAGAAAAUUCAAUCAAAUGGAAAAAAUAGCAUUUGUUUUUGAAAACGAGACCUAUUUUAAAUGCUGGUCUGCGGUCGAUGCACUGCUUAUACUAUACGGAAAUGUUUUAAGUGAAUACAAUGAACUGGCAAAAGCAUGCUUGGGUGAGGCUACCGAUAUAUCUUCUGAUGGUGAGUUUUUCGAUGAAGACGAUGUGCGUCUCAUUCGGGAUAUCCUUGUCGAAAUGGGGAAAGGGUCUGUGAAGGAAACCACAGCACAAGUGCAUCAAUUAGAUGCACUCACUGAACUUUUUGAGGGUCCGACGCUUUCUAUUCACAACCCUAACUCCAAUAUCGAUGUCACGUAUUCAUCACAACGUUCAGGGUUCAAAGAGGGAUGGAGUACGGAGCUGUUUUUGCCUCAAAACAAUGGAACUACGAUGAACUUGGCGGACUCAUCUUCGGGAUAUGCCUACAGGAAGCCAUCGGUGGAAGGAAGUGCGGGUGGCGGUAUGGAGGAAAUGCGGACAGAUCUCCCCUUAAGUAUGGGCACAGGCCUCUUAAAGGAACCUGAUAAGGCAAACCAUAGUGAAGAAAUAGGCUGUGCUCAGCUGAAUGUUUCUCCCGGAAAUAUUGCGGGUUUAGUCCCCCAACUAUCAAACGCAAUGCCCGUCGUAUUCCAGCAGGAGGCCCCGAUGGAGGAUGCAUAUGAUAGUGUAUCUGUUCAGAGUAAUCCGACAUGCAAAACCGAUUCCAAUCAAGGGGAUAGCACGAAACACCUCGUGAUUCCGCACAUGGGCAUAGGUAGUGAUUUCUGUCCGAAAACGAUAUAUUCAUCAAGCAGUACACAUAUUAAUCUUCAGACCAGUGAUUCUGAUGAUGGAUUUCAUGCAAUCCUCUCCACUGCAUCAGCUAGUGAGAAUGAAACUAGCCACAUUAGUGAGCAGCUUAGCGAUGUUCACUCGGAUAACUCCCCACAGGGGGGCGACCGGAGUGAUAUUCGAGCACGAAUGAAGGAUUCAAAUUGUAAUGCAGAUCAUUUUAGUCCUAGUUCCAGCACAGCUAAUCGAAUGCCAUCACAUAACAGCCCACUUCCUACUGCUCUCGCUUCGGAUUUCGAGGUCGACAAGGCAAUGUCAUUAGCAACAAUGGCAGCGGGUGAGGAAACACAUCCCCCACUUUACACUGCACAGACUUCAUUACCGAUAGAGCACGCAACAGCGCCUGAGCGGAUAAGGGAAACGAUCGAAGUUUCUUCUCACAACACCGACGACACGGAAGAUGUGGACUUCGAAGCAGAGUUUAACCCCUUUGUGUAG